ACUGCUGGAGCUUGCGCACAACGGACUUCAGUGUGACUUCCGGUGCGGCCACCCGGGGUGAAACAGGGUCGAGUUUGGGGUGGCACAGGGAAGCCAGGGAUGCGGUUCCGGGGCACAGCGCUGUGCCCGAGCUUCUGAGCUGUGGCUCAGGCAGCAGGGGCGGCGGGGCCGGUCCGAGCCUGACUUGGGGCAGGGGGCGAGCCCCGGAAAGUGGAGCGGACCGGUCCUGGGAGGAGGGCCCCGGCCCAGAUAUCGACCCUCCUCCCACCCGCUCCCCUGCCCCGAGGAUUCCAGUGAUGCCAUUAAACAAUAUGAAGAGGAGAAAGUAGACUUUUAAGGAAAUUGGCCUCCAUAAAGAAUGGCCUUCUUGGACAACCCAACGAUCAUCCUGGCUCAUAUUCGGCAAUCCCAUGUGACCAGCGAUGACACGGGGAUGUGUGAGAUGGUCCUGAUUGAUCAUGAUGUGGAUCUGGAAAAGUUUCACCCACCUUUGGUGCCUGGAGAUAAUGGCUCAGAAAUGCCAGGAAGCAGUGUUGAAACUCAGGGCUAUGUCUAUGCCCAGUCUGUUGACAUUACCUCAAGUUGGGACUUUGGCAUCAGAAGACGCUCAAACACAGCUCAAAGAUUAGAGCGACUUCGAAAAGAGAGACAAAACCAGAUAAAAUGCAAGAAUAUCCCAUGGAAAGAAAGAAAUGCUUCUCAUUCAGCAGAGGAGCUCAGCUCAUUGUUUGAAAAAAAGAACUUCAAAGUCAAAUCUUCAAGUGUGGGGAAGCCAUCACUCCUUUCUGUGCGCCUAGAACAGUGCCCGCUCCAGCUGAAUAAUCCUUUUAAUGAGUAUUCCAAAUUUGAUGGUAAGGGUCACGUAGGGACCACUGCAACCAAAAAAAUUGAUGUCUACCUCCCACUGCAUACAAGUCAAGACAGAUUGCUACCCAUGACAGUUGUGACCAUAGCACAUGCUAAGGUGCAUGACCUCAUCGGCCUCAUCUGCUGGCAGUAUACAAGUGAAGGACGUGAACCCAAGCUCAAUGACAAUGUCAGUGCUUAUUGUCUCCACAUUGCUGAGGAUGAUGGUGAAGUUGAUACAGACUUUCCUCCUCUGGAUUCCAAUGAACCCAUUCAUAAAUUUGGCUUUAGCACUUUGGCCUUGGUUGAGAAGUAUUCAUCUCCUGGUCUUGCAGCCAAACAGUCACUCUUUGUUCGAAUAAAUGCUGCUCAUGGAUUCUCCCUUAUUCAGGUGGACAGUACAAAGGUCACCAUGAAAGACAUCUUACAGAAGGCAUUGAAAAGGAGGAAAGGCUCUCAGAGAGGUUCAGGUCCUCAGUAUCGCUUGGAGAAGCAGAGUGAGCCCAAUGUCCCUGUAGACUUAGACUGCACCCUGGAGAGCCAAAGCACUUUGGAGUUCUGCCUUGUGCGAGAGAACAGUUCCAGGGGAGAAGGGAUUUCAGAGGAGGAUCCUCAGACUGACAUAGCCACAGUUCAAGACAUGCUGUCCAGUCACCAUUACAAGUCUUUCAAAGUCAGCAUGAUUCACCGACUCAGAUUCACAACGGAUGUGCAGCUAGGUAUCUCUGGAGACAAGGUGGAGAUAGACCCUGUCACUAACCAAAAAGCCAGCACAAAGUUCUGGAUUAAGCAGAAGCCCAUUUCAAUUGAUUCUGACCUGCUGUGUGCCUGCGACCUUGCUGAAGAAAAAAGCCCAAGUCACGCAAUGUUUAAACUUACCUAUCUAAGCAAUCAUGACUACAAACAUCUCUACUUUGAGUCAGAUGCUGCUACUGUCAAUGAGAUUGUGCUGAAGGUGAACUAUAUCCUGGAAUCCCGAGCAAGCACCACCCGGGCGGAUUACUUUGCCCAGAAACAGAGGAAGCUGAGCAGGAGAACCAGCUUUAGCUUCCAGAAGGAGAAGAAAUCGGGACAGCAGUGAUGGCCGAACAGAAAUGCUGAGGUGCCAGCCUUCAGAUCAGUGGCGGCGGCAGCUCGCCGCAGCCUGGGUGGGCACCAGCAAGGGAAGGUCUCGGGCUCUGUAGAGGGUCUCACAGUCAAAAGAUCCCAACUCCGAUGGUGAGGAUGGAACAGAACACAGAAUUUGGUGGGCUGCCCCGUGCCCUUUGUCUGGAGCCCCUUCAGCUGCAACUAAGACUCAAAUGAGGUUGGCAUAUUUUGAUUAGCAGCCAGACAAGAUCACGUGCUGGGUGAACUCCAUUAUGUAGCACAUACAAUCACACACAAAAAAGGGAGAGAGUGACUUCGACUUUUUUUCACUGCCUGAUUACAAAACAUUGAUAUGUAAAAGGAGUCAUUCAGAACAUGAUCAAAUGUCUUCAAGUUAACACUGAACAAAAUGUAUACUUUUUUUCUUGUAAUAAACUGGCAUAAUCUUUA